AACCGAGUCAUAAAACACAUAAAUCAUUGUAAAUUCUGUACAUAUAUUUCGAGAAUAAUCAUUAAUCCGAUCGUUAGAUUAGUAAAUGAAAUCAAGUGUGUAUUUGUUUUUCAGAGUGACUUAAAUGCUUUAAUCAAAAAUAAUAUAAAUUAAUAUUUAUGUCUCUAUUAAACAACACCUGUUUUUAUUAGCGUUUGAUUCCGUAAAUGUGAAUUCAAAUGAUUAAAUAAUAUUUAAUGUGUAGUUGUAUUAAAUCGACAGAAAAAGGUGUUUCAUUGGAGUCAAACCGACAGAAUAUAAAUUUAUUUGCAAAAAACAUCAAUUAUUUCAAACAUUUUUGCUGUCAGUUUUGGUAUUAAAUAUCAAAAAAAUUGUAUUCAAUUCAAACUCGACUGGAAAUUUCAAAACCCAUUCUCUAUCUCUAUUGCCGGCGACAAAGCUUUAAGUGAGAAGUUAUGGAAAGAGGUGUUGAAUAAAUGCCGGUCGGAAGCAAUAUCGUCGUCAAAGUCACAAACUUUGCCUCAAUUUUGUUAUUUCGAUAUCACUAUUAAAUUCAUACAACAGAACAACGAAUUUUCAAUUAUGACAGCAAUUAUUGUUGUGGAAGAAGACAAGAGCUGUGCGGACACUGAUUGGGAGGAGAAGGCGUCGUCUCCGCGUCUCUUCGGCUCCGAAAGGUUGUGGGGAUUCAAAGACAACCUCUUCUCCGGCCUGUCGUCCAAAUUAGAGGCCGCACUUCACGCGGGCUUUGAUGUGGCCUUUACUGACAGUUCGGACAAUACGACCGAAAGUAACAAAAUGGUCACAAGUAAUUCAUCCGCUUCUUUCUCCAGAAGAUCCAAAGACAGAUCAGUGUUCGGUCAGCCGGAAAUCAAUUACCAAAAUCAAAGUUUUCAUCGCAAUAAAGGCCAGAGUCUGGACUCAUUGGACACUCUGGACAGCGGGCAGAGUAUGGGCAGCAGCUGUACCUCUGUCUCCGAAAUACAGUUACGAAACCUUGAAAUACACGACUCAUUGAAAUACUACAAAACCGCAGAAUCGCUUGGCAUAGGAAGCGGUCAAAGCACUAGUUUAGAGUCAUCUGAUGCCGAAGACGACGGCUUCAAGAGAUGUGAUUCCCGCCAAUCGGACAAGUCGUCCGUCUCGAGUGUCAGCGGCGACAGUCAGGGCGAAGAACUCUACCGAUACUCCAAACUCUUUAUGAAAGACUUUGUCUCAAAAGUAUUCAAUGAAAGCAAUGCGAUAACAUUGGAGGAAAAGGCAAAGUUUGGCGAAAUGUGUCGAACAGAGUUCGGAAGGCUAUGGUUUGCCAGAUAUAUCAACGAACAGAGAGUGCACAACAAGAAGGUUAAAGAGACCACUUUCUACAGUUUGGCGCAAUAUUUUGCGAUCGUAUUGUUCGAGUGCUCGGAAUCGGACGACUUCACACCCGCCAAGACAUUGAUGAACAUGUGUUUCACGUAUUACCACGAAAGCUAUCCAUCGCAACAGCAAUCGCAACAGUCAUCGCACUCCUGCCGACCCCACAAACAAUACCUUCAUACGUAUAGCAGCGAAACGAUGGCUCAAAUGGAUUGCAAUACUUCCACACCAGUCAACCAAACCGUCGAUUUAGCCAACGGUUCUGCGAUGGCAUACGGAGCCGAUGCCGGCCCUCGACAGUCAUUCGCCGUCAGUAAAGUCCCCAAAAUGGCAAACAAUGUCUUAUCAAACCCUCCGUUAAGUCCAAUUCAGUCGCUCCGGAAGGCAAAAAUUUCAGUGCGAAACCAACCCAUUAAUCCACCGAAACAGUCAUAUCCACCGCUUAUUACAAACAAAGUCAUACAAAGACAUGUCUACAGAAACACACCGCCGGUUAAGACAGCUCCACAUUCAAUGUCUAGAGUUGGUGGUGUUGAGCGCACACGGCUUGGUGUGGGUCUCAAUGACUUCCAAUUGGGACCAAUGCCGCCGAUGACUGUCACCCGCAAUAGAGGUUACACUACUAGUCUGUCGUCUCUCUCAUCGCACAGCAAUAAUCAGAGAAUGACCGUCCAAUCGAGUCCAUCCACUGUCCACUCUUCGGUCCGCAAUCACAAACCAUAUAACUCUCGUCAAUAUUAA